AUGGCAGUGGAGCAGGGUUGCUCCUCGAAGAUUCUCUCGGAGAGCUUUGCUAGUACGCCAUCUGAUUUAACUUUCCUGCGUCUAAUAAUGAAAUCGAAGUAUGAGGCAUUGAUUGCAGGACUGCAAUUAGUCCGCAAGCUCGGUGCUCGACACAUUCAAGUCAACGGGAUAAUCAUCUCGGAUAAUGAAAAACAAUUUGCUGAUAAUCCGUUCAAAGGGUGGUGUGAGAACCUAGGAAUUAAUCAACACUUCACCUCGGUAGGUCACCCCCAAGCUAACAGACAAGUUGAGAACUUCAACCAAACACUCUUACAUGGUCUCAAAAUCCGGUUACACCAAGUUGGAUCAUUCUGGGCAGACAAGCUCCCUAAUGUCCUUUGGUCUUACCGAACUACGCCGAGAUCGACUACGCAAGAAAUCCCGUUCUUCUUAACUUAUAGAUCCGAGGCGGUAAUUCCUACCGAGAUCCUUACUUCAAGCUCUUGGAUGGCAGCAUACACUGCCGAAGCAAAUGAAGAAAAAAGAAGGGUGGACCUUGACUUGAUUGAAGAAAAGAGAGAUGCUGCUGUAGCUUGGGUAGCUUUAUAUAAGAAUAUCUUAGUUAAUUAUUACAAUGCCCGUGUUAAACAUCUCAACUUUGGAGACUUAGUUUUGAGGAAAAACUUGGUUAGCCGAGCUGAACCUCAAGAUAAGUUAGCUCCGAAGUGGGAGGGGCCUUACUGA